AUGGCAAAUGGGGUGAAUGUGGAAGGGGCCACUCAUAAGCAGGUGGUAGAUCUCAUCCGAGCAGGAGAGAAAGAGUUAGUCUUGGCUGUCCUGUCAGUUCCUCAGCCAGAGACGGACAGCCUUGAUCCCGGGGACGAUGGCUCAUCGCAGUCCUGCUAUGACUACAGUGACAAGCAGGCCGUGCCCAUAUCCGUGCCCACCUACAAACAUGUGGAACAGAACGGAGAGAAGUUUGUGGUCUACAAUGUGUACAUGGCAGGCAGGCAGUUGUGCUCAAAGCGUUAUCGGGAGUUUGCCAUCUUGCAGCAGAAUCUGAGGAGGGAAUUUGCCAACUUUGCAUUUCCCAAGCUGCCAGGGAAAUGGCCUUUCUCUCUGUCUGAGCAACAGCUAGACGCUCGCAGACGAGGGCUGGAGGAAUACUUGGAGAAAGUGUGUUCUGUUCGGGUAAUCGGAGAGAGUGACAUCAUGCAGGAGUUUUUGUCGGAGUCUGAUGAG